AGGCCAUCUAGUCCAGCCCUCUGCUCGAGCAGGAGCCCCCCCCGCCAGAUUCACAGAGUGGGGAAGGGGCCUCGGAGGGCAUCUAGUCCAGCCCCCUGCUCAAGCAGGAGCCCCCGCCAGAUUCACAGAGUGGGGAAGGGGCCUCAGAGGCCAUCUAGUCCAGCCCCCUGCUCAAGCAGGAGCCCCCCCCGCCAGAUUCACAGAGUGGGGAAGGGACCUCGGAGGCCAUCUAGUCCAGCCCCCUGCUCGAGCAGGAGCCCCCCUGCCAGAUUCACAGAGUGGGGAAGGGACCUCGGAGGGCAUCUAGUCCAGCCCCCUGCUCGAGCAGGAGCCCCCGCCAGAACCCACAGAGUGGGGAAGGGACCUCGGAGGCCAUCUAGUCCAGCCCCCUGCUCGAACAGGAGCCCCCACCAGAUUCACCGAGUGGGGAAGGGACCUCGGAGGCCAUCUAGUCCAGCCCCCAGCUCAAACAGAAGACCCCCUACCCUUGCUGACACUCUCCCUCUCUCCCUCCCUCCUCCCACCACCUCUCCGGCUCAGCUGCUACCGUCUCAGACAAGUGACUGUCUUGUCUCUUCUUCAAAAAACGUCCAGUGAUGGAGCGCCCACGAUUUCUGGUGGCAAGCAGUUCCGCCGCUGAAUCGUCCUCCCCGUCAGGAACUCUCUCCUUCAUUCCAGGUUGCUUCUCUCCUUGGUCAAUUUCCCACCGGGCUUUCUUCUCCCGCCCUCCGGUGCUUUGGAGAAUCCUUUCGAACUCUGCUCUUCUGUGACUCCGUAAGGGUCUCCCGCUUCGGCAGGGGGUUGGACUAGAUGACCUCCAAAGGUCCCUUCCGGCUUUUUUUCUGAUUGAUUGGUGGAGGCAGGCUGGCACUGAAGCGGGAUGCGGCUGAAGGCUGGCGUUUGGGGAUCAAUUCCCACCUUUCCCGAAGCCCCAAAGCGCGGGGGAGGGGAAAGGAGGGAUCGGGAUGACUCCGCCUCAAGUCUGUGGGGAGGGGCUGGAGGGAUCGCUUUUAAUCCCUCUCUCUCCAAUCGCUGCCUGUGUCUUCUGGAGGGGGGUGUCCCUGUCCAUCUCCGAGCCGGACAAGCCUCAAGUCUGUGGGGAGGGCGUGGAGGGAUCGCUUUUAAUCCCUCUCUCUCCAAUCGCUGCCUGUGUCUUCUGGAGGGAGUGGGGGCCCUGUCCAUCUCUGAGCCGGGCAAGCCUCAAGUCUGUGGGGAGGGCGUGGAGGGAUCGCUUUUAAUCCCUCUCUCUCCAAUCUCUGCCUGUGUCUUCUGGAGGGAGGGGGGGCUGUCCAUCUCUGAGCCCGGCAAGCCUCAAGUCUGUGGGGAGGGCAUGGAGGGAUCGCUUUUAUUCCCUCUCUCUCCAAUCACUGCCUGUGUCUUCUGAAGGGAGUGGGGGGCCUGUCCAUCUCCGAACCAGGCAAGCCUCAAGUCUGUGGGGAGGGCGUGGAGGGAUCACUUUUAAUCCCUCUCUCUCCAAUCUCUGCCUAUGUCUUCUGAAGGGAGGGUGGGCCCUGUCCAUCUCCGAACCGGGCAAGUCUCUCCUUUGGCUGAGUCUGUUUCGCUUUUUUCCUCCAGAAAGAUCGUGAUUUGUCCUGUGGGAAUCUUCUGGAAUCUUCUGGAAAUGGCUGGAAUCACCGAAAGGCCCGAACGGAGGAUCGUCCUGGUGGGUAAAACCGGGAACGGGAAAAGCGCGACGGGAAACACCAUCCUGGGAAGAAAAGACUUCCGUGCGGUGGCGUCGCCGAAGUCCGUCACGAAGUGUUGCGAAAAGAAUGAGGCGUCGUGGACCGGCGGUAAGAUUGUGGUGGUCGACACGCCGGGCUUUUUCGACACUGAGGUUCCGGCGCACAAAACGGCGAAGGAAGUGAAGAAGUGCGUGAAGAUGUGCGCCCCAGGCCCGCACGUCAUCGUGCAGGUGAUUCGUCCGUGCCGCUUCUCCCAGGAGGAGAAGGACGUGGCUAAGCUGAUCAAGGAGAUCUUCAAACUCAACGCCAAGCAUUACAUGAUCCUCUUGUUCUCCCGGAAAGAGGACCUGGAAGGGAAAACUCCGGAGCAAUUCCUCUCGGAGGAUGAUUCCUCUCUUCGGGAUCAAGUCUCCGAAUGCGGGUCCCGGAUCCUGGCUUUCAACAACAAGGCCGAAGGGAAAGAACGAGAGACCCAGAUGGAUCAGCUGAUGAGCAUGAUUGAUCAGCUGGUGUUCAUGAACCGCGAAGCGCCGUAUUACACGGAAGACAUGAUGAAGAAGGACGAAGAGGAGUAUAAGACAAAGAAGAAUUUCUUCUGGUGCUCUCUUCUCUAAAAAAAAAAACACCCCAAAGUCUUCCUACUCGAUCCUUUGCUCUCGGGGGGCAGCUCUCCCACAGGCCACAGCCCUGCGUUUCCUCCCUUUUGUUCCGUUCGAAUCCAGCUCUCGCCGGGAGACCUCCGACGAACCCGAGUCGUGGCGGAAUCACCCCGAGCCACUUCCUCCUCCCGAGAAGCCGAUUUCUCCCCCCAGGAUGACGGACUUUCUUCAAUAACCUGCCCCCACACCCGUGUCUGCCGGCUCCACAGCCUCAUUCCCUACCAGCUUGGACCCUUUGGAAAGACACUCUCUUUCGUGCUUCCCGUCUCUCAAUCCUUCGAGGGAGACCAGGCCAGGAAACCACCAACACAAGAAAUAUUAGAGCUGGAUUUUAUUGGGAUAAAUGACAGCAGCAUCUCCCCUUCACUCUCGCUGGCACCAAAGCGCAUCAAGGCAGGACAGCCUUGAGGUUCUUUCUCACCCGUUCCUGUUUUCCUGGGGCGAAUCCCUGUUUUCCUCCAUGUUUUCUUUGGGGCUUCCCCAUCUGUCAAUCCUUCGAGGCAGACCAGGCCGACAAACCACCGACACAAGAAAUAGUAGACUUUGUCGGUACUGAUUAUAGUAGCAGAAUCUUGAAAAUAUCUCCUGUUUGCUCCCACUGGCACCAAAGAGCAUCAAGGAAGGACAGCCUUGAGGUUCUUUCUCCCCCAUUCCUGUUUUCCUGGGGCGAAUCCCUGUUUUCCUCCAUGUUUUCUUUGGGGCUUCCCCAUCUGUCAAUCCUUCGAGGCAGACCAGGCCGAGAAACCACCGACACAAGAAAUAGUAGAUUUUGUCGGUACUGAUUAUAGUAGCAGAAUCUUGAAAAUGUCUCCCGUUUGCUCCCGCUGGCACCAAAGAGCAUCAAGGCAGGACAGCCUUGAGGUUCUUUCUCCCCCGUUCCUGUUUUCCUGGGGCGAAUCCCUGUUUUCCUCCAUGUUUUCUUUGGGGCUUCCCCAUCUGUCAAUCUUUCGAGGCAGACCGGGCUGACAAACCACCGACACAAGAAAUAGUAGACUUUGUCGGUACCGAUUAUAGUAGCAGAAUCUUGAAAGCGUCUCCCCGUCGCUCCCGCUGGCACCAAAGCACCUCAAGGCCGGGCAGCCUUGGGGUUCUUGCUCACCUGUUCCUGUUUUCCCGGGGUGAAUUCACAUUUUCCUUAUACAGGUGCCGCCCGUUUCCUGAAAGGCCGUCUCUGUACUUUUCCACACCGCCUUCCAAUGGUGAAUCUGGACUCACGAGGGAAAUCCUAUCAGUUCUUCUUAUGAAAACCUUUUUAUUAAAUCUCCUCCUCGCUUUGGAAA